AGUUGUAUGUGGUUCACGGUGGGAUCUCCCAGUGGAAAAGUCUCCGGUGAAGUGGCUUUCUCUGAAAUUGUGAGCACUUGGCCGCUUGGGAGGGAGGUAAAAUGGAGGAAUGUAGAGUGCUGGUGAUUGCGGUGAUAGUGGUGGGUGGAAUAUAUUGGUGGUUGAAACGACGUCUAUCAUUCUGGGCGCAUCGGGGUUUGGCAUAUGUGAAACCACGUCUGCUGAUGGGCAAUCUGCGAAAGAAGCACCAUAUCGCUCUUGCCAUCGGCGAAUGCUACUCAAAGCUCAGGGUGAAAGCACAAUUGGGUGGUUUUUACUUCCUCCAGCGUGCUUUUCUCAUACCUUUGAACGCACACCUUGUGGGCAGAAUUCUCACAGUAGAUUCAUCGUAUUUCACCCAAUACCCCAGCCAUGGCCAGGAUUAUGGAGCAUUGAAGAGGGAUUUGGGCACAAUUGAGUCCACCUGGAGGAAUAUGUGGGUACAUGCUGUCGAUAUUGCACGUGAUUUUUCCACUGAAAUCCAUCAAAGUGGAACUAAUGGCCAGAAAAUUGAUGCUUUUGAUGCAUCCAUUACAUAUAAUGUUAAAAUCCUAGCCACGUCGUUUCUGGGUCUAACCCCUAAGGAUACGAAAUUAGUUGAUUUGGAAAAAUUAGCCAGGAAACAUUUAAAAUGGUCUGGAUUGGAGCACAAAAAAUUCCUCUUAUGCCACAGUUUUCCCCAAAUUUCCUCAAUCAUGGGCAUACCUGAAUGCGACGACAGAGAGAAGUCAUUUGGCAAACUGAUAAGCAAGCAGAUAAACAAAGGCCGUGGCGAUAAAUGCUAUCAGAGACUGAUUAGGAUCACAGAGGGGCUCAAUGGGCAACGUCCGAAAGAGAAAAUUGAUAUGGACAAACUUGCAAAAGGAGCAUUUGGGCUGUUUAUCGCCGGCAUUGAGGCGUCAGUAGCCACCAUGGCGUUCUGCAUGUACGAAUUGGCCAAGAGUCAAGACAUUCAGAAUAAGUUGAGGCGUGAAAUUAGACACAUUCUCACCAAGCAUACUCAUCACAUCACAUAUGAAACCCUUGCUCAUAUGAAAUUCAUGGAUGCUGUAAUCUUCGAAACUCUGAGAAAGUAUCCACCAAUUGGGAGCAUUUGGCGUGUAACGAGCAAGGAAUACUACGUACCUAAUUCAACGUACAUCAUUGAGAAGGGUAUCCCCAUCGCAUUGCCGAUUUUUGCCAUUCAUCAUGAUCCCCAAUAUUAUAGCAAACCCGAGGAAUUUGAUCCAGGACGCUUCACAAGGGAGGUAUUUGACGAGGCAGCCAACAUCACGUUCAUGCCAUUCGGAAGAAGAGAUCCAAUUUGCAUUGAGAUGCACUUUGCACUCAUGCAAAUCAAACUGAUGCUUGUGCUGCUCCUCAAGGAGUCUCGAAUCAUUCGGUAUGGAAAAGGCUCACCGGAUGCACUAGCUAUAAAUCCACAAUCGCCCAUACUCAUUCCCAAAAAUCGUAUUUGGCUAUGUGUGGAAAAACUUCAAGAUUCCACAGAAAUAUGAGCUUUUCACCCACUCUGCAUGGAGAUAUAUUUAUUUGUUUGCAUUUUACUUCUUAGCUCUGUGAAAACAUGUACACAACGUGGGGUGAAUAAGACUUGGAGGCAAGUAAAGAACGAAUUAAAGUUUAAUUUCACGUCCUA